ACAGCUCGACAACUCGUUCGACCGGUUAAAGUUGUCGUAGCUCAAUAGCAGGUGCCACUUGUUACAGAGGAGACAGCAGCAACAGCGCACUACGAGGUGCAGACAACUGCUUGAAUCAAGAUGGAUCCAGUUUGGAAGUUUGUCGUGCUGCUGGCUGUGUGUGGAUCUGUCACUGGUGACUCCGUCAUCCCCGUGGGACACCUGCAACCUCUGGGGGGUCAUCGACCUCCUGAUGUUCCCAUAGAUGAGCUGCACACCAUCCCACAUCCACGGGAGUUCUGGGACAAGUACGUGAAACAUGAGAAGGCUGUGAUACUGCGAGGUGCUGCAAAAAACAGCCCUUCCUUCACGUUAUGGACAGAUAAAUACCUGAAGGACAAAUAUGGAAAACUAGAGGUUCGUUUAGAAGGAAAGAGGGAAAAACACAGCUGGCUUCCCAUUGGAGUAAAGGGAAUAGGACGAGACACUAUAGAACACUUCCUGGACACUUAUCACGACAGUGAUGCGUACAUCGUGUCACAGUUACCCACGGACAUGUACCAUGAAGUCCUGGUACAGCCUUGUCUCACAUGUGGCAGCUUCAGGAACAGUCUUGUGGAGAUUGAUCUGUGGAUGAGCUCUAAUGGUGGCAGCAGCAUUCUCCACAAGGAUGCCUUCAACGCCAUCAACUGUCUGUACAACGGCACCAAACACUGGAAACUGAUCGAGCGCAAAUAUGAACCUCUCUUACACAAGGUAAGUGUUUUCUGGUCUAAACAGUGUAAAAAUAAUCUACAGCUAGUUUGGCCAACUGAAGACCUUUGGUGUAGUCCACUAGCCUGGGAGCCGUCACGAGAGAUCGGAGGGUACUCAGAAGUUAAUGUGCACAAAGUUGAUCUACUGAAACACCCCAACAUGGCCAAGGUGCGCUGGUCCAACUUCACCAUUCAUGCAGGGGACUGCCUGUAUCUGCCCAAGAGUUACUGGCACCAAGUGGAGUCAGUAGGAGAUGUGAACCUCGCCGUGGCUCUCCUGUUUGCCAGGCUAGAGGAGUUUGAUGACUCUGACUGUGACACACAGAAGGUGGAGUACACACCCCUCAGCGACUUUCAGGUGAUGUGGGAUUGGCCAGGGUUUGGAAACAUGACCAUGGGACAUUUGGAUUUGGAGAUGGGGGCCAGGGAUCAGCUGUAUGAAAUGGCGGAAGACAGUGAAGAAGGACUUACUCAAGAUUUCAUUUUUCAACUACUCAAGUUGGAGUUGCCUGAAUAUGAUGACGAGUUUCUUCUUGGGAAGGCUGAAAGGGGGUUUGCAGCUUUGGACGUGAACUCUAAAGGCAGUCUUGACUCUGACGAUAUCAAGGCCUUAGACUGGGACACACUUCGCGCCUUCAUGCUGGAAUAUGAAAACCAGGAGCCUUCCAACACAGAGCUGUUUGAGUAUUCCUACACAAUGCCCCACGAAAUCAUGAAGGUGAUGUUAAAACUGGCUAAGAAGAAUGGACAGCUGACCAGGUCUGACUUCAUUCAUGCCUACAUGACCCAACUUGGGGGCACUGAAAAGUUUGGAACAGAGAUUUUCGACAGGUUGGUUGAGGGUCAGGAUAGAGACAUGAUAAAGGCUCAGGACCUGACAGUGGAGAUACUGCAGCACGCCGUGGAGAACUGGCUCAUCCGGAUUAAACCUGCGAUGACUCCUGAGAUGGACGAGGAAUAUCAAGAGAAGAUGAAGGAAUUUGAACGAUGGAUCGGUUUAAUCAAUGUAGCCGUUGAUGCUCAAACGCAUACAGAGCUUUAGACCCAAUGGUCGCCACUGGUACGGAGUACACAGUCAUGUAGUUGUUGGGUUGUCAUUCCAAACCUUAUACCCAAAAAGUAGUUUAAAGGCUUAUUUAUAGGGGCAUUUGUAUAGGUGGUAGGUAACAGAUGUCUAAACUAAUAUACUAGCACAAAAUGAAAUGCAAUGAUUUUUUGACAGAACCUUGUUGUGAAUUCCUGAGGGAACAUUAUUUUGUGUUGGUACAAGUCUUUUAAGCCACAUGGUCAAACCUAGAGCCACAUCGAAUUUAUUUAUUGAAUCUAUGAAGAAAAAUACGGGUGUACAUAAUGCUAACGAGCAUACUGAGCUUUAGAUCUAAUGGUAGUAGAACACAUAUAGUUGUUGCUUUUUCAAAGAAUGUUUGACAGACAAAUCGGUAUAGCUCUAAGUAUGUCAUUAUUUAACACUUGUACAGGUGGAAGGUAACAAUGAUUUUAAUUUCUUUCUUUUCAAAGCAAAAUGAUUUGAAGACUCUCUAAAGUGUUCAGUAACUUCAUUAUAUUUUGUUGGUCUUAUCAUCACAAAUAAUGACACUGUUAAUAUAUAAGGGAAUCACUUUUCAAGGAGCUGCAAUGUAAA